ACGAAUCUAUAUAUACCGUCAGGCAUGCAUAUUGGCUUCCAUAGUUUCCAAUUUCACAUCCUCUUAUUGUUAAUUAAACCCUUUGUUUGCACAAGAAAAGAGUAAUAACUUGAUCAUCAUCAACAUGAGUCGCUUCAACAAUCAGCAAGAAGCCCCUGCAGUAUCAUAUCCUCCAGCUCCAUAUGUUAGUGCCCCACCACCUAUGGGUUAUCCUUCCAAAGAUGAUCCUACAGCUGUAGGGUACCCCCAACAAAGAGUUCCAGAGGAAACCACAAGCAGGGGCGAUGGAUUUUGGAAAGGAUGUUGUGCUGCCUUAUGUUGCUGCUGGGUCCUGGAUUGUUGCUUCUGAAUGAAUCAUAGCACAUAUUUGUGUUUGUCACCAUUUUUUUUUUCACAUUGCUAGUUUCCUAUUUGUAUUCUUUGUAGUUUAGAAGAAUAAAGAUCUGUCCUCUUGGACAGCUUGUAUUUUAUCCAUUUGGUUGAUGUUGUUCUUUUUCCUUGUACUUUGAAUUUUUUUAUGAUGUAUUUAUUUAUUAUAAUAAGAUUAAUUUUUUUAUUAAU